GCAGAGGGUUUUGUGUAGUUUUUUUUUCAUUUUCAGUCGUGAUCUGGACGAAUAUCCAAUUUACGCAAAAGUCAUCAGGAAUAGACAAAGAAGACGGGCGAGUGUGUCUGUGAGAAGAAGAACUCACUGAAGAGAAUAAAAGGAGAAAAGGUCCUUUAUAAGUAAUUGGUAAUUCAUAAUGGCUUGGGAUGACGAAGAAGACGAGUCGCCGUCGGUGCUGGCUCCUAAAUCGAAAUGGGACGACGAAGAAGACUCGGACGAGCCGAUCCUAGACUCCUGGGACGCGGACUCGUCCGACGAAGAAGGCGGAAGCAAAGCCUCUGUGCCGGCGCCACAACCAAAGAAGAAGAUCCCGCUGUCGCAGAAGAUUGCGGAGCGCGAGGCGGCGAAGAAAGCAGAGCUGGAGGAGAAGCGGAAGCAGUUGCUUGAAGCAGAGACGCCGGAUCAGAGACGCGCGCGGUUGAGACAGAUCGAGAUCGAGGCCGAUCUUGAUAACGCGGCAGAUCUGUUUGGCGAUGUGUCGAUUGACGACGUCGGACGGCCUGCUGCUGCUUCGUCUGCUGCUUCAGUGGAGGACGGUUCUGAGGCUUCGUCAACAAGACAGUCUACCCCUGCUGCUGCUGCUGUAGAGUCAGUACCUCUCGCCGAGAUCGACAUUGCGAAACUACCGCUUUUCGCCUCUGCAAAGACAAAAACCGACCUCGAAGCUCUUUCAAACAAGCUCUCGGAGACGCUGACGGCGCAGUUGCAAAAGAACCCAAACUACACCGUCACCUUCCUUCCCCAGCUGUUCAAGUCGCUCGUCGGCCCGCUCAACUCUGAGCAGGUCCGCAAGCUCGCGAGCUCGUUGACCGCGGUGAGUAAUGAGAAGCUGAAGGAGGAGAAGGCGGCGGAGAAUCCAAAGAAGAGUAAGAAGAAGGGGAAGCCGGCGCUCAGUGCUGCGUCGGCGAAGAUUGAUGAUAAUAUCGAUACUACGAAUUACUCAAAGUACGACGAGUUUGAUGAUUUUAUGUAGCUGUGUUGCGCUGAGUUAGUAAUAGCAGUCGUUGAGUUGAUUGUAAUACAUUGUCUUUACCAGAAUUUAGAGCAGAAUUCAUUCUUAUAUAUUUGACCAAACAAUUUAAUAAAUUCAAAAUAAAUAGAAAUAGAAAAAACACGCUUCGUAAUGCAAAAGAUAAUUAGUAUUCAGAAAACUAUUACAUCGAAGAUAAAGCCAACGACAAGAAGAGAACUAUAAUAGAAAGAAAAUCAAGAAAGCUCCUAGUACUACCCAAAAAACACAACGACA